AUGGAUCCUACGGCAGCGGAGAGGUGCUUCAAUGAGACGUUCGUCGCCCCGCACUGGCUUCCCGGGGGUGAGGCAUUCUGGUACCGUCGGCAAAUGAGCAAAGGGAAGUACAGAUUCAUCUACGUCGAUGUUCAAGGCAAAAGUACUCGCCCUGCCUUUGAUCACGAUGCUCUGGCCGUUGCACUGGCGGAGCAUGUGCCGGAACAAACCAAAAUUGACCCGGAGGCACUCCCCUUUUCAUGGAUUGAACUUGAGGACUCCCACAUCCGUUUCCGCUUCAAGCAACAGAUCUGGCGCUUCGAGCCUAUCAAAGGACUCUCCAAGUGCUCAGAAGCAUUCAGGCAGGGAAACCCGACACUUAUGCGCAGGCAAGAGCCUUCAGCUCAUACCGCAUCUAGUCGGCCUGUUAUGGUCACCUUUAUCAAUAAUGCAAGGUCUCAUUUGCGUCUCAGCUAUGUCGAUCAUAAGGGAACUGUGAGACCCUACGACUCCAUCUCCCAAGGCAAGACGCAUUUUGAGAAGACUUACUCUGGGGUAUGUUUGAGACUUGAGGAUGGAGUGUCUCGUCAAUUGCGUGGGGUUUACCGUGUACCAGACAAAGUACACGACACUGUCAUCGUCGACGAGGUGGAUGUUGAUGAAUACUUGGGCAAGGAGGGAGAGAAUACCACCGGCGCUCUGCUUGUGGAUGGUGAUGUGGCCCAAGCGCAGGAGCAUCAAGACGAUGGCAGUAUUGCUCAGCUGAGCGAAGAAGACACAAGCAGUGCCCCUCAUAUCUCGGUUCGAGAUCAGAGACUAUGGCUCCUGGAUGAACAAGGAGUCGAGUCCCAACUCAUGGAGGCAAAUACUUCUGAAGAGUCUUACUGGAACGACAAGAUGAUUUUUCUGUGCCCCAACAAGGCGUUCGCAGUUGCAUGGUACUUUCAACAAGGAACCACAACAACGGAAUAUUGGAUCAAGUCCUACCCUCAAACCCAAUCUCACCCCAAACUUCUAAAGGGCGAACGGAGGCUUGCUGGGGAUAACCCCAGGAUUGAUCAACCCCGCCUCUUCAGUCUUGCACUGAAACGAGAGAUCGAGGUCGCUGAUAAGGACUUAUUCUCAAACCACUACCAGCUGUCUCAUUUAGGCUGGGCUGAGAAUGGAUCAGAAUAUCGGUUCUUAUAUCAUGGGCGAGGUCACAAAACCUUUCAAAUCUUGGGUAUUACCUGUGCUGGGCUGGUACGAGUAUUAUACGAGGAAAGUAGUGAUACCUUUAUUGAUAUUGCUUCAAAGCUUUAUUACAAUCUCUUAUCCAACUCCAACAAACUCAUUCUUGCGAGUGAGAGAGAUGGAUAUAAUCACUUAUAUCUACUUGACUUGGAACAAGGCAAGAUAGAGAAUCAGAUUACCAAGGGAGAAUGGAACGUGCAUAUGGUUGAACAUAUUGACGAAGAAUCAAACCAGAUUUGGGUUUCCACGUACGGGUUCUUUAAGCAUGAGGAUCCUUAUCACAGACAUCUAGUGCAAGCCAAUCUUUAUGAUACGGAAUGCAAGGCCCUAACAGAAGGAGAUGGAACCCAUCUGUGGAGUUGGCCGCCUGGAGAGGCACGGCAGUAUUUCGUCGAUUCUUGGUCUCGAGUUGAUCUUCCACCUCAGACAGUGGUACGUAGUCUAGAUGGAACGAUGCAACUGAAGGUUGAGGGAACCUCUACUGAAGAGCUUCGGCAGCAGGGAUGGACGCCUCCGGAGAGGUUCCACUGCCUCGGCCGUGACGGAGAGACUCUUAUAUAUGGCAUAAUUACGAAGCCGGCACAUUCCAACCCACAAAGGAGGUACCCAGUGCUUGAAGAUAUCUAUGCGGGGCCGCAGGACUUCUCCACUCCAAAGAGUUUCCAAGACGCGGUGGAUAGCAACUGCGAUUGGAGGGAAGAAGACUAUGUUAUUGUCAGGAUUGACGGCAUGGGCACCAACUGGCGCUCCAAGAAGUUCCACGAUAUCUGCUAUCAAAAUCUCAAUGAUGCAGGCUUUCCAGAUCGGAUUAUUUGGAUCACAAGAGCAGCAGAGUCUCGGGAAUGGAUGGAUAUCAGUCGAGUAGGCAUCAUUGGUUCGUCAGCUGGUGGUCAAUAUGCCGCAUCUGCUCUGCUUCACUUUGGGCACUUUUACAAGGUCGCCGUAGCUGACUCUGGAUCCCACGACAACAGUCUUGCUGGUAUUGAAUGGACCGAGCAGUGGUUAGGCCACCCAGUCAAUGAGUCUUAUGCGCAGCAGUCCAACGUCACUCACGCUGCGAAGCUUCCAGACAGCGCAAAGUUGAUGCUCAUUGCCGGUGGUCUAGAUCAUUCUGUCACCCACUUUUCAACUAUGAGAUUUGUUCAACAGCUUAAUAAGGCAAACAAGGUCUAUGAACUUGUCUUUCUCCCAGACUCAGGGCAUAGUUGCGGCCGCUGCGGCUAUGGACUCAAACGAGCAAAACUGUUUCUGAAAACUAACUUAUGA